GAUUGUGUGCGCGUGCGUGCGCCGACCGCCGUUUCAUUCUCUCUGCCAGAGACGCGGUAGACGUUGAAUCAGCUCCAACGAGUCUGGCUCCCGGUUAAAGCUUGUCUACUGGCUUUUAUCUCACACGUUGUCGGCUUUCGUCGAUUCACAGUUCCGACAGGACCAACAAACGGUGGUACCGACUGGGCGUUGCUGGAGAAAAGCGCUUAAGAUUCGGUCAGUUGUAGCUGUCUGAUAGCAGAAGACUCUGACUAGUGGACUGAGUCCUGGGUUCCUGAUUCCUCUUCUACUGAGACGGCCUACCAGGACUAGGAAAAGAUGAAACCGGAUGGUGUUGACACAACAACAAUGGAGCCAAUGGAGGCAUUAAACGCAGGUCCUGUGAUGGAGGUGGUGGCGCCAGUGGGUGAAGCUCAAGACCAGUGUUUGCCCGGCAUACAAACAGAAGGUGAACCACAGCCAACAGAGGCACAUUUAGCAACCAACAAGACUGAAAAGGACAAGUCUGCAGACCCCAAAGCAAAGACAAAGGCUCCUGUCAAAACAAAGGCCCCCACUGCUGGAACCAAGGUGUCCUCAACCAGCUCCCGUCCCAGCACUGGCCAAAGCCGCUUGACAAAUGGAAUGCAGAAGCCACAAACUAAUGGUGUCAUCAAAAAGACCACCACUGGAGGCCUGGAGAAGAGCUCCUCAACCACUGCUGCCCCUAAAAAAACUAGUAGUACUGCACCCACAACCAAGACCCCUACCAAGGUGGCUGAGAAAAAGGCAGUGGGGAUGGCAAGACCUCCGAGUGCUUCAACUAAUGGAGUUAAGACAACAGGGACAGCGCAACCAAUCAAGAAAGUCCCUGCUGCACCAGCUAAUGAUCUUAAAUCCAAACCAAAAGCUAUAGCUCCAAGACCCGCCUCGGCAUCCACCACCAAGCCCAGCACCACUGGUUCUCCCAAACCUGUCUCCAAGACAACCAGACCUGCUGGAUCUGCUCCCACUGCCCGGUCUUCCCCUGCCACUCCAAAGCCAGUGACACCCACAACUGCCGCCAAGACAACUACAUCAGCAUCCAGGCCAACUACUGCUACACCCAAGACACCAUCCACCACUGCUAAACCCUCUUCUGCUAAAACCACAGCGCCCCCUGCUGGCCGCACACCCACUCUGCCCCCUAAGACCACAACACCUGUCAAGAAAGAUGUCAGCAAGCAGCCAUCUACCCCAGUGGCUAAGAAGCCCUCUGCCUCUCCGCUCACCCGGCCAGCACCAGCCAAGACCACCAAACCCGACACCCCCAAGUCAGCCACCUCUGCCAAGCCAGAAUCGGCCUCCAAGAAACCUACAACCUCCAGCAAGGCAGCAGAUGCUAAGACUAGUAAACCCAAGGACAGCAAGGCUACACCUUCUAAGGAGGUCAGCGCAAGCACCAAGACCACAGGCAGCAAGCCCAGUGCUAAAGCAAGCAGUCCAAAGAAGGCAGUUGGCAGCAGCACUCCAAUGCCAGUGAAGCGUGGCCCUAAAGCUACUCAGUCUGCAGAUGCUGCAGCCACAGAGGGUGAGAAGGAUGAUGUGGUACCCACUGUGGCUGUAGCUGCAGCCACAACUGUAGCUGCUGCUGUUGCUGCUUCCAUGGCAAACACUGAGGAAACACCAGAAGACUCAGCUACACCUGUUCUUCCUGCUUCCUCUGAGGAGUCACCUGAGGACUUGCUUAAACCUGUCAUUCCUGCUGUCUCUGAGGUUAAAUCUGAAGACUUGUUUACAUCUCAUAUUCCUCCUGCCUCCAAGGAGGCAUUUGAAGAAACAGUUCCAUCUAUCAUUCCUCCUACCUCAGAGGAUGUACCAGAAGACAAAGUUACACAGGUCAUUCUGUCUACCUUUGAGACACCUGAAAUCACAACUGUCAUUCCUCCUGCCUUUGAAGAGGAACCUGCAGAUAAAGUUUCACCUGUAAUUCCUCAAACCUUUGAGGAGGCCCCUGCAGAUAAAGUUGCACCUGUCAUUCCUCCUACCUUUGAGGAGGCACCUGCAGAUAGAGUUGCACCUGUCAUUCCUCCUACAUUUGAGGAGGCACCUGCAGAUAGAGUUGCACCUGUCAUUCCUCCUACAUUUGAGGAGGCACCUGCAGAUAACGUUGCUCCUGUCAUUCCUCCUACAUUUGAGGAGGCACCUGCAGAUAGAGUUGCACCUGUCAUUCCUCCUACAUUUGAGGAGGCACCUGCAGAUAGAGUUGCACCUGUCAUUCCUCCUACAUUUGAGGAGGCACCUGCAGAUAACGUUGCUCCUGUCAUUCCUCCUACAUUUGAGGAGGCACCUGCAGAUAAUGUUGCACCUGUCAUUCCUCCUACAUUUGAGGAGGCACCUGCAGACAGAGUUGCACCUGUCAUUCCUCCUUCAUUUGAGGAGGCACCUGCAGAUAGAGUUGCACCUGUUAUUCCUCCUACCCUUGAGGAGGCACCUGCAGAUAAAGUUGCACCUUUCAUUCCUCCUACCUUUGAGGAGGCACCUGAAGAAACAGUUAUACCUGUCAUUUCUCCUACCUUUGAGGAGGCACCUGCAGAAAAAGUUGCUCCUGUCAUUCCUCCUACUUUUGAGGAGGCACCUGCAGAUAAUGUUGCACCUUUCAUUCCUCCUACCUUUGAGGAGGCACCUGAAAAAACAGUUAUACCUGUCAUUUCUCCUACCUUUGAGGAGGCACCUGCAGAUAAAGUUGCUCCUGUCAUUCCUCCUCCUUUUGAGGAGGCACCUGCAGAUAAAGUUGCACCUUUCAUUCCUCCUACCUUUGAGGAGACACCUGAAGAAACAGUUAUACCUGUCAUUUCUCCUACCUCUGAGCAUACACCUGAAGACACAGAUGCACCUGUUAUUCCACCUACCUUUAAUAAGGAAUCUGAAGAAAUGGUUACAUCUGUCAAUUCUCCUAACUUUGAGACACCUAAAGUUACACUUGUCAUUCCUCCUGCCUCUGAAGAGGCACCUGCAGAUAAAGUUGCACCUGUUAUUCCUUCUACAUUUGAUGAGGCAUAUGAAGAAUCAGUUACACCUGUCAUUUCUCCUUCCUCUGAGGAGGUGGAACACAUCUAUCCCCAAGACCCCCAGAGCAUGGACUUUUAUAAAGAUGACAGUGCCAUGUCCCAACUGGCUGCUCAAGUUGACCUGGUCAGCCUGGAGGAACCAGUGCCUACUGUGUCUCCCCUGGGCACCACAGUAUUGUCCCCUCCAUCCUCUCCCACCGAACCAAUGCCCAUGCCAACUGAGCUCAAGAGCUCAGCUCCCUUUCUGGGCUUGCAGGGUCCAGCUGAACCCUGGGCUCAGAGCAUGUCACUGUUCCCCAGCACUGUCACCCCAGAGAGCCAGGAGCAGGAUGAAGAAACAGUGCAGGAUGAUAUAAAGAUUUCCUCCUCUGCAGCAGAGAAUCUGAUGGGAGACUUUGAUCUGCUAAGCUCCACUAGUGCAGAUCACUUCAGAAGUAAAGCUCCUGUCUCCACCUGUCAAGAGAGAGAGGAGGAAGUGGAGAAAGCCGAAGAAGAGAUUAAUGAAGACAUUCAUGAUGAUGAUGAUGAGGAAGUGGAGGAGGAGGAGGCGGCGGAGGAAGAAGAAGAGGAGGAGGAGGAGGAGGAGAAGGACGAAGUAAUUGAGGUUGACAUAGAGCAAGCAAUGCCCCAAAAAGAGAUGGAGGAUGAUUUUAAAAAAGGAGUGGCAGAUUUUGGCAGCUCUGAUUGGGGUAUGAUGAAAUCAGAUGACAUACACAGUGGUCACAAACUUGAUGCAGAAGUGACAUCUCCCUUCAGUGCAGAAAACUUCAUGAGUGAAGCAGAAAGGGAACAACCAUUCACAGGUCCUCCUGGAAUCCAGUCUUUCAGCGAAGAGGAGGAUGAGGAAGAGGAUGAGGAUAAAGAAGAAGAGCAUGAGAAGGAAGACAUGGAUGCAGGUUCAGAACAAGAUGAACAUCACACACAUCAAAAAGAAUUAGAGGUGAUGGAAGAAGAUGUGGAGAUGGUCAGUGGAGGCAUGGCUGAGAGUGGACUUGGGGUUUGUGGAAAUGAUGGUGAUAGUGUUGAUGAUGACAAUGACAAUGAUGAUGAUGGUGAUGAUUACACAGAGGAGAGGCAUCUGGGUCUGAACAACAUGGGCCACACUGCACCAGCACCAUCUAUACCUGUCACAGAAGUCUGGAGUCAUUCCAAUCCAUUCUCCGAUCCCUGGGCACAGCCCACUUCCAUUUUGUCUGAAUCAAGCUUGCUGGACAUGAGAACUGCAGAUUCAGAAACCCACACCAAUUUUGCCACUUAUCCAGACACAACCACCAAAUUUUCAGCUGAUACAGACACCCCGCCUAAAUCUCCAGCUCGGGCCUUUCUAGAAAUGAGUCCACCCCUGAUCCAGACUUCAGAACCUCAACAUGACAUCCAAGAGGAGACAGACAGCUCAGUCCCAGCAGAGUCAGGCAUCUUGGAGGCACCUGCCAACAGAAUUUCCCAAUCCAGCACUCUAAGUGGGACAGCCCUGGCUGCCCACAGCAGCAGUGAGACCAGCACACCAGAGGAGCUUCAAGACUACGAUAGCAGUUCAGGUGUAGAGUCCCGAUCAGACAAACAGCAGACACCAAUCCCUACCAUGCAGACAGACAUGGAGCAGGACCUUGGUAUCCAUCUAGAGCGUGGCGAUGGGGAGGAGGAAGAGGCAGAAACACUGCCUGCAGAUGAGGUGAUGGGUGAUGCUACAACAGCACCAGCCUCUGUUCCAUCCUCACCCUCAACUUCUGGUGAUGAGGCCAGUGAUACAGAGGGUGAGAUGCAGAUCAAUUACCCUGAUGUUGCGGCUGAAGAGAGCACUUCUGUCUCCCACAACCUUGCUGCCCUGGAGGAAGAUGAGGAGGCCCCUGAGCACAUUGGUGAGGAAGAUGGCGAUACUCCUCAGUCAGCCAACUCUGUGGCCUCCUAUGGUUUUGACUGCUCUGCAUCUAACUCCAAUGCCCACUCCACAGCUGAGAGCUGUGGGAAGAGUCCAGGUAUCUUUAGCCUGGAAAAUGAGGAGCAGCUUCCAGAAGAGGCUAAGAAUCCCUUUUUCAUCAAGGAGCUCACACUCCCAGCAGCUUCUGCUUACAGCGACGACUUGUUGGGCUGCCCAGUGGAUUUGCUGCCUAUCAGUGAGCCCAAAGAGAGCGAUGCCGGCUUUGACGAGAAGACAGAUCCAUGUGCUAUGGCGGAGAUGGAUCCUGAGUCCCCCAUGCAUCUCUCACCCCAACAUGGGGACCAUUUAGAUGGCCAACCACCCUACUACUCUGCUAUAUGUGAUAAGACUGAUAACUUUCUGGCAGGUAACGUAUAAAGUCCCUCCUUUGGAAUGCACCUUGUCUACCCUAAACCCCAUGCCCACCACCCUUUGUUCAACAUUUCUUCCAAAUGUGGGGUUAGCAAGAAGAAAUGCAUAGUAAUAAGUAACGGAUGGGGGAAGAGAAAAGGAGAGCUUUCAUGUGAGGGAUUAUUGCUUUGUCUGAGCUGCUCUCUGUUCUUCAAUUACCAUCAUCAUGGUUAUGAUUGUAUGGCUUAAAGUUAUGUAUGUACAGUAGCUUUUCUCAUUUUCCAGUAGAAUGUACUUUUUAAAUAACACUGCAUUUCAUAGCACCCCUGAACCUGCAAUGUUAGAAAAAGUUAAGAUGAAGUCCUUUAAUGAAAGGAGAGAAAAAAAAAGAGUGAAGAAAAAAAGAAACCCAUGGGAUGGACUCAACCUAUCUUUGUAUUUAUCCUACUGUUUUUACCGAAAAAAUGUCAAUUUUUUUAUACUUUGUUUUUUUUUUCUUGUUUUUUGUUUGAUUUGUUGUCAAUAUCCCUGUCUUACCUAAAUGUUUGUACACACAUCAGUUUUCCUGCACUGUAAAGCUAGCUUUAUUGUCAUUUUAAACUUGUUCCAGUGUCCAGCCCUAGCUUUUUUAGCAUUAAAUACUGGUUAGAUAUUCUACAGAAGCUUUUCUCUCAAGUGUUUGACAUAGGGAGGUGUGUUAGAUGGCAAGUCAUACUCAAUUUCUGUUGUGUUUUAGUUUUGGGCUAACUUUCAAGAACUGCUGAACAUUUUUGUGAAAGGUAACAUAGAUUCUCAUUAGCACGUAACUUAACUGUUUUAAAGUACUGGGCUCAGAUUGAUCUGGAUUAUUUCAUUUACAGUAGUUGGACAUUUGUACUUCGGAACAGGCUAACCAUUUCUGUUUAUGGAAAUUAAAGAGUGUUUUCCUGGAUUUGUAAAUCUUAAAAUGAUGCUCACAGGUCAAUGUAGUGUGAGCAUUGGGACAUUUGAACAAGAAUUGGAACCUGCAUGUGCAACUAAUUAAGAAAUUGUUAUCUUGGUAUGAUUCCAAACAUAAUAUAGCGACAUUAAUGAUUCUCAAUAACUUCAAGGUUAUUUCAAAAUUCCAUUAAACAUCAUUCAAGACUGUC